AUGCCGACACAAGGAAAGGAGAUUCUUAUGCCCAACGCUUUUUUUAUUAGGAGGAAUGACUCUGCCAGAAAGUGUUUCUCCCCAGCUGUGGGAGGGAACAUCAGUGAUUCCUUCAGCCUGUUUCACAGCAGGUUCCUCUGGAGACCCAGCGACACCUGGAGGGAGCCCAGAGGGGGCAGAGAAAGUGGCACCUUGGGCUGGUCCUCUGCUGCUGAGCUGGGCUGGGCUCCUGGGAUGGAGGGAGCUGAUGGCAAGCGGGCACAGCAGCUGCAGAUGGCCAACGGCAGCUCCAUCAUCACUGAGUUCCUCCUGCUGGCAUUCGCAGACACACGGGAGCUGCAGCUCUUGCACUUCUGGCUCUUCCUGGGCAUCUACCUGGCUGCCCUCCUGGGAAACGGCCUCAUCAUCACCGCCAUAGCCUGUGACCACCACCUCCACACCCCCAUGUACUUCUUCCUCCUCAACCUCUCCCUCCUCGACCUGGGCUCCAUCUCCACCACUCUCCCCAAAGCCAUGGCCAAUUCCCUCUGGGACACCAGGGACAUCUGCUACCCUGGAUGUGAAGUGCAGGUCUUUUUCUUUCUCUUUUUGAUUUCAGCAGAGUAUUUUCUCCUCACUGUCAUGGCCUACGACCGCUACGUUGCCAUCUGCAAACCCCUGCACUACGGGACCCUCCUGGGCAGCAGAGCUUGUGCCCACAUGGCAGCAGCUGCCUGGGGCAGUGGGUUUCUCACUGCUCUGCUGCACACGGCCAAUACAUUUUCCCUACCCCUCUGCCACGGCAAUGCUGUGGACCAGUUUUUCUGUGAAAUCCCCCAGAUCCUCAAGCUCUCCUGCUCAGAUGCCUACCUCAGGGAAGUUGGGCUAAUUGUGGUUAGUGUCUGUUUAGCAUUUGGGUGUUUUGUUUUCAUUGUGGUGUCCUAUGUGCAGAUCUUCAGGGCCGUGCUGAGGAUCCCCUCUGAGCAGGGACGGCACAAAGCCUUUUCCACGUGCCUCCCUCACCUGGCCGUGGUCUCCCUGUUUAUCAGCACUGCCAUGUUUGCCUACCUGAAGCCCCCCUCCAUCUCCUCCCCAUCUCUGGACCUGGUGGUGUCACUUCUGUACUCAGCGGUGCCUCCAGCCAUGAACCCCCUCAUCUACACCAUGAGGAACCAUGAGAUCAAGGAUGCCCUCAGGAAACUAAUGACUGGAUGA